AUGUCUUUUUCUAAUCCGAACCGAAUUGUGAAUGUCGGCAUUGUCGGCUGCGGCGAAAUCUCUCAGGUCGUCCAUAUCCCGACACUAUCUUUGAUGAGUAGCUGGUUUCGCAUAACCUAUGUCUGUGAUAUCUCCGCCGAUGCCCUCCAACAUUGCGCCGCUAAACUUGGCAGCACUGUCAAAACAACGCAAGACGUGUCUGAACUCUGUUCCUCUGACCAAGUUGAUGCGGUUAUCAUAGCUAAUGCGAACGAGUACCAUGUUUCGCAUGCCAUCGUGGCACUGCAGAACAACAAACAUGUUCUAGUCGAGAAGCCUCUGGCUCUUAACAUACGUGAUGCGAAAGCUCUCGAGGCAGCGGAGAAGACAAGCCGAGGAAAAGUCAUGGUCGGAUACAUGAGGCGAUAUGCUGCUCCAUUUGAAGAUGCCGUACGUGAAAUCGGAGGCAUGGACAAGAUACUCUACGCCAGAGUGCGGGACAUUAUUGGCCCUAAUUCAUACUUCGUCGAUCAAUCUGGCACUUUUCCACGAAAGUUCACAGAUAUUUCUGAAGUCGACCUCCAAGACAGAGAAAUGAGGGCUGAAGAUAUUAUGAAAACAGCUUUGCAAGAUGAAUGUGGAGGCGUUGCAGUUACACCGGACUCAGCCCGUACGUGGCGUCUUCUCAGUAAUCUUGGUUCUCACGAUCUGUCAUUGAUGAGGGAAGUCUUUGGAAUGCCCCAAAAAGUGGUGGGGUCUUCACUUGGUUUUCCUUUCUGGAAUGUGCUAUUUAAGUACGACAACUUUACGGUCUCCUACGAGUCUGGACUCGAUAACGUUCCUCGUUUCGAUGCGCACUUGGAGGUUUACGGACCUGAUAAGACUGUCAGGUUGCAGUACGAUACCCCAUAUGUCAAAGGACUUCCCGUCACCAUGCAUGUGGCAGAAAAUAUAGGCGGUGUUUAUAAAGAGUCAAUCACUCGCAGAUCAUACGAGGAUCCCUAUACUCUAGAGAUGAAAGCACUUUGGGAAAUGGUCGUAGAAGGCAAGACGGCCAAAACGACCGUGCAAGAUGCGAUGCAGGAUCUCGAGCUUUAUAUCAUGGCAAUGCGUUAUGAGCAUGGUAUUACACGAGACUAA